GAGCGGCGGCGACGCUGGAGGGCGGCCGCCGGGCGGUGAGGGGCGGAAGCAGGAAGCGGCCGGCGGGGGCUCGGUGGCGGCGGCGCGAUGGGGGCGGCGCUGUGCUCGCUGGGCAGCUGGGUCCCGUGCCUGUGCGGCGGCGCCUCCUGCCUGCUGUGCCGCUGCUGCCCCAGCGGCAACAACUCCACCGUCACCCGCCUCAUCUACGCCUUCCUCCUGCUCCUCAGCACCGCUGUCGCCUGCAUCAUGCUGGCGCCGGGCAUGGAGGAGCAGCUGAAAAAGGUGCCGGGAUUUUGUGACGAGGGGCUUCACACUCUGAUACCGCAUCUGAACGGCUUCGUCAGCUGCGAUGUGUUUGUUGGCUACAGAGCUGUCUAUCGAAUCAGCUUUGCCAUGGCAAUGUUUUUCUUUGUCUUAUCGCUGAUGAUGAUAGCAGUGAAAACAAGUAACGAUCCAAGAGCAGCAGUGCACAACGGGUAUUGGUUCUUCAAAAUAGCUGCGAUUGUGGGUAUCAUGGUCGGAGCGUUUUACAUUCCUGAAGGGCCUUUCACAAGAGCCUGGUUUGUUGUUGGUAUUUUUGGAGCCUUCUGCUUCAUUCUUAUCCAGCUGGUGCUUCUCGUGGACUUUGCUCACUCCUGGAAUGAGAACUGGGUUGAGAGAAUGGAGGAGGGAAACUCUAAAUGUUGGUAUGCAGCUCUGCUGUCCUGUACAAGCUUGUUCUACGGCUUGUCACUGGUUUUUGUUGUGCUUUUCUAUGUUUUCUACACAAAGCCUGAGGAUUGCGCUGAAAACAAGUUCUUCAUAAGCAUUAAUAUGAUCCUGUGCAUUGCCGUAUCCAUCGUUUCUAUCCUGCCAAAAGUUCAGGAAUAUCAGCCGCACUCUGGCCUCCUCCAGUCCUCUAUUAUUACUCUGUACACCAUGUAUCUCACGUGGUCAGCCAUGUCUAACGAGCCUGAGCGAAACUGUAACCCAAGUUUGCUGAACAUCAUUACCCAGAUAGCUACACCCACAAUUUUUCCUGCCAACACCACGGUCGUACCUGCUACUCCAGCUCCACCCAAGUCCCUGCAGUGGUGGGAUGCCCAGAGUAUUGUUGGAUUGGUUAUAUUUGUCCUCUGCCUCCUGUAUUCCAGCAUUCGCUCUUCAAGUAACAGCCAAGUGAACAAGCUGUUGCUGUCUGGGAGCGACAGUGCCAUUCUGGAGGAGACUGGGGGAGCAGGCAGCGGGGCUGCCGAGGAAGGAGAAGUGCGCCGUGUCGUGGAUAAUGAGAAGGACGGUGUUCAGUACAGCUAUACCUUCUUCCACUUCAUGCUCUUUCUUGCCUCUCUUUAUAUCAUGAUGACGCUCACGAACUGGUACAGCCCUGAUGCGGAUUUUAAAACGAUGACAAGUAAGUGGCCAGCUGUGUGGGUGAAGAUAACCUCCAGCUGGCUGUGUCUCCUGCUCUACCUUUGGACCCUAGUGGCUCCUCUUGUCCUUACCAGUAGGGACUUCAGUUAAAUACCUGCACAUGUCUGAGCUUACAAAAGUGGGGAAUUUUUUGCUUAAAGCCAAAAUGUUAUGUAUUGCUUUAGUUAUUAAGGCAAAUACUGUUUCUUCUUAUGUUAAUGUUAACAUGCAGGUGGAUGGACAGUUACGUAUUGCACAAUGCUUGAUGCAGGAUCAAAAUUAUCAUUUAUCUUUCUAUCUUAACUCAUGGUUAACUCUUUUUACUGCAUUUUACAAAUUCACUACAGCUGUGCUGUCAAAGCACAAAAAGUAUCUGUUCUGUCCAUUAGCCCCAACCUUAAUAUUGAACAGAAGCGACAUUUAGCUAAAUAUGAAGUAAUAUAUUUUAAAGAACAAGUUAUGUUCAGCAUAAUGCACUAAUGCUAACACUUCAGUUCCUGGAAGUGUAAGCCGUACUGCUUAAUUUCUACAUUCUGCUGCAAAAGUUUUGUUUAAAGCAGAAGUUUCUGUUUUGUGACAAAAAAAACCUUACUCCUCACCAAAACAACAGAACUUUGAGGCUGAAAAGCUGUUAACUAAUUUGUUUUAAGAACAAGUUUACUCUUUCUAAGAGGCAAUUUCUGUGAUAAUCUUUCUUAGUACGUUUGCCAAAUAUUGAGUAGUAAGCGUAUGACUAGCUUAAACAACUUCAUGAUUAUGGUGGAAAAUAGAGCUAAGUAAUUUUCACUGGUCUAGUAUGCUUAUAAAAGUGUACAUGAAAUGAUUAUUAUUGGCACUAAGGCAUUUGCACUGUAAACUCAUUUGAAUAAAACAGGCUAACUAC